AUGCUUGGAGUAGACAGGUCAGACGAGCUCAUCGCAUCGUACAAUGUGUUGAUGAAGUGCGUCAGGUGGUGGAAAACUUUGUUCUUCCACUGCAUCGACAUCGCUGUUGUGAACAGUUUUAUUCUUUUUGAGGCCCAUAGGAGAGAGCACCCCGAAAUUCCAGAACUGCACCGAGCGCCUCGUUACGACCAGCUUGCCUUCCGAAUGGAGCUUGUGAAGCAGCUACUGGAAAUUGAAGCCACAGGUUUUGGCAGCACCCCUCCCCCUCGAGAGUCUGCGCACAAGCCAAAAGUGAUGGAAACUAGGCGCAACUGCAAGCUCUGCUAUGCGAGCCGCAAGGUUGAGCACAAGACGAGCGUCUUUUGUGAAACGUGUGGCGUUUACUUGUGCUUCAUCGCGACCAGAGACUGUUUUG